AUGCUCAAAUCAUCAGUUCGAAAAACUGUACUUUUAUGUCCAGGUCAGGGAUGCUUUGAUACGAAGGGUUUACAAAUACUAUCGAGGUUCAAAAAUUUCGACAGCGUAAAUAAGAUUCUUCGAACUGCAAAUGAUGCUCUUCCCAGUUUAGAGCUCUCAAAAUAUAUCAGACAUCCAGAACUUGUGGAAAAUGAUAACGAAGUCCAACAAAUGCUACAAAGGACAAUUGUUCAGCAACCAUUGUUGAUCCUCACAUCUGUUGUCAGCAACGAAAUUGCAAAGUUAGUGGGGAAGGUGAAUUAUGUGCAGAAGGCAGAUUUGAUGGUUGGUCAUUCUCUUGGUGAAAUAUCAGGUCUAGUUCUGCAAAAUGCAAUUCCACUUAAUGAAGGUCUCGUACUUGGUUAUAAGAGGGGAAAACUUAUGGAAGAUAUUGCUAGAGGGAGCAAUUGUAAAAACGGUCUUCAGGGAUACGGAAUGUACGCAUUAGUGUUUCAGCCAAAGCAAUACGGGGAGGUGGUAAAUUGCUUAAAAAGUAAUUCAGCAAAUAUUGCAAAUUACAACGCAUACAGCCAGGUUGUAAUCAGUGGCAAAAAAGUGGAUUUGAAAGAGCAAAUAAAGCAAGUGAAAGUGGAGGUUGGUAGGAUCCGUGCAAUUGAUUUAAAUGUCAGUAUUCCAUUUCAUCAUCCAAUGCUUGGUCAAAUCGAGAAAGAUCUCAGGAAUGCAUUUGGAAUGGCAAAGGUGAGACCAGGAGAGUUAGAAAUUCCGAUGAUUUCAGAUCUUGAUGCUAAACUAGCAACAACAAGCGAGGAACAAGUCGAUAAGGUGAUUAAAGUGACAUCAAGGCCUGUGAAGUUCUCAAAAUGCCUCGAAACAUUUUGCUAUAAAAGCGAUAAAGAGAAACCGGAUGUGUCGUAUGAUUUUGUGAGUUACGGAACUUCCACAUACGGAUUGGUUAAAAGAUUCUUUAAGGAUCUUGAAAAAAGAGGAAGGAAGUCUGAAAUUCCAGAGUAUACAAACAUAAUGAUCAGCGACUCGUUUGGGAAAUAG